AUGAAACAAAUUCUCAUCCUGUUCAUUUUUUUAAAUUUUUUGCUACUAACAAAAUCUAACUUACGCAGUGAUUAUAAUUGCGAUGAAAGUUCUGAAUAAAUUAAACUCCGCCUUUUACCUGAACCAUUUAAAGUAGUAGGUAAAGCAGUAGGUACGUUAAGAUCUGAAUAAGUUGUUAUUGGGCUUUCGAUAGAAACUUUAUAAUCAAUAGCUUCAGACUCAUUAAAUAAAAACUCAGAAAUAUUAAAUAAUUCAAUAAACUCUUUGAAAUAGCUUGGACUUAAUGAAAGUGAAUUUUCUACUGCUGGAAUACAAAUUUACCCAAGCUAUCUAUAAAUCUUUAAUAAUUCUACUUAAACGUAUAGUUAAGAAUUAGAAGGAUAUAAAGUAAGAAACAGCUUGAUCAUUUCUACUUAAAAACUAUAAUUAGCAGGCAAGAUUAUAGAUGCCACUAUCUAGAACGGUGUAACUAAUAUUGAUUACGUUCGUUAUGAAGCUUUAGAUCAAAAUAUUGUUAAUUUAAGAGAAAAAUUGCUUGCAGAAGCUGUAAAGAAUGCUUAAAAACAAGCAAAUAUUGUUUUAGAUGAAUUAAACUAUAAAAUUGUAUCAGUUAAGGAGAUUUAGCUUUUGGAUUUCUAAAGACGUAAUUAUGAAUACUAACCAAGUCCUAGAAAUGCUAAAGUCCAAACGCUUACCUUUGAGCCUUAAAAUAAUCAAGAAGUUUAAGUAGAAGUUUCUUACAUAAUUGAGAGGAAAAGAAGGACAGAUGAAACUUUUUGA